GUACGUAACACACUGUCGCGGUAGUUAAGAGGCUGCUAUUUGCAACCAUCAUCGACUCUGUUUUACAUUCUGUUUCCUAAGAAGCACUUCAGCGGUCAACCCUAAAACUGCUUUGCUGCUCCAGCCAAGGCGGAAGCAUUGGGGAGUACGUGGCAGAGCGGGGUUUGUCCGAUACGCUUCGGGCUCUGAGGGCUUGGAUUCGGUCACUAUUCAAAUAAAGCGGGCUGUGCCAAAGGGGCCUAGUUCCCCCCCUCCCCUGUCCGGUGUUUAUAAAUGGGAGUGACGGGGUGAGCUCGGAAUGCUGCUCCGGUUGCAGGGCUCUCUCCGGCAGGUGGUGAAUCAGAUGGCCCGGAGACCUGCAUUGUUGUGCGGAGCCAUCGUGCUGAGUUGCUGCCUGAUCCUUGCAAUAACGUUCACCUGCAGUGAGACGAAGCAGGUUGUGUUACCCGCUCUGCCGCCAGCGCGGUUCUUCUCUCCCGGCUCCCCGGUAGUGGACCUGUACCUCGGGCAGCUGGACCAGGCGGAGUCGCUGCGCAGCGCCUCCGAGGUGUCGCUGCUCUAUUUCUACGCUCCCUGGUGCGGGCAGUCCAUCUCUGCCAGAGGAGAGAUCGAGCAGGUUGCCAGGAAGCUGGCAGAGCAGGUGCAGUUUGUAGCUGUGAACUGCUGGUGGAACCAAGGGAAAUGCAGGAAACAGAAUAACUUCUAUCACUAUCCUGUCAUACACCUGUACCACAGAAGGUUCGGCCCCAUUGAGUACAAUGGUCCCAUCACGGCUGCCUAUGUGGAGAAGUUCAUUCGCAGGGUGAUCACUCCUCUCCAAUACGUUCCUUCCCGAGCCGGACUACAAAACUUCUUGUCUCAUUAUGAGCCAGGGGUUCUGGGGUACUUUGAAUUCAACGCCUCUCCACAGCCCCCUGGGUACCUGACCUUCCUCGCCUCGGCUCUGCAGGCUCUCAGGAGAGAUUUCCAGGGUGUCGUGCGUUUUGGGGUGAUAACAAGUAAGGAGGUGGCAAAAGCAAUUUCACUGGACGCUCCCGGGACAGUCUACAUGCACAGACACUUCAACACGUCUCUGACGUUCCCAAGCCACCAGCUGAACUUCACCUCAGAGAACAUCUGCCGGUGGGCCUUGGAGCACCAGGAGCAGCUGGUGCGCUGGCUGCGUCCUCACGGGGGGAAGAGCCGCUCUCUAGAGCAGGAGCUGAGGAAGGGGGCCGUGCUGCUCGUCUUCGUGCCCUUCGACCCUCUGGCCCCCAGCCAGCCCCUCGUGGAGGAGGUGGCAGAGAUUGCUGUGCAGUAUCACAGCUGCAAUGGCUCGUCCUGGCCUGGCUUCAUGGAUCCGGCAGUGUGGGGCGAGCCUGGCUCCCUGAGCAGAGCCCCCUGCUGCAACACGCUGGCUCUCCCGCACUGGCUCUCCGCCUCCAGGACUCAUAAUGUCUGUGAGCUGUGUCUCUCCCAGUCCCUCGGGCCCCGGCCCUGCCCCUCCCUGGACUCGCUGUACCUCCGAGAGGACUCCUUCACACAGCCCAUCUCCGGGAAGGUGCAGUGCAGCCAUGUCCUGAGCUCCUCCAGCCCCCUGGACUACUACACUGCCUGCUGCUGGGGUCUCAGCAAGGGCUCCUCUACACAGCAGCAGCAGGAAGGGCGCUCUGUGCUGCCUCACAUUGAGGACUGCGGCUCUGCUUCUGCACACAGCGCUGUUACAGGGCUCAAGUGUAGGACUAACAAGACCCUGCACUUUUACUUGCUGGACUCGGGGCUGCAUUGGGAGUUUGCCAGGAGGCUGGGCGCCCCCGAGAAUGCCAGCAUGACAGGGUUUGCCACUGUGCUGAACCUUCAGGAUGAGGUGCACCAUGUCCUGGACCAGGAGCGGGGCAUUGUGAGAAACACGCUGGAGUCCUUCAUUCAGAACUACAGCGCCCCCUACAGUCCGCUGCAGAGGCACCUGGUCGGGGAGGCCGCGCAGGAGCCUGUGGGAGAGUCUUUAAUCACCACGGUGACCACUGGGACAUUCCACAGAACCGUGAUGGACCCUGAAAAGGACGUCCUCCUCUUCUACCACACUCAGUGGUGUGGUUUCUGCUCCGCUCUCAAUCACGUCAUCAUCCAGCUGGCCCGUCUCUCCCUGUCCAACCAGAGACUGGCUGUGUGCAGAAUAAAUGCUGCCAAAAAUGAUCUCCCGUGGGAGUUUAUGGUGGACCGUUAUCCAACCAUUCUGUUCUUCCCAAGCAACAGGAAACACCUCAGCGUGAAGUAUCCCGAAGACGCUCCCAUCACCCUCCCCAACCUGGUCCGAUUCGUACAGCGGCAUUCCAGCCUGCUCCGCUCCUCCUCCUCGGCUCUCCACCGGGAGAAAGAACCGCUGCUGCAGAACCCGACUCCAUCGGACAGCAGGGCAGACACGUGCCAGGGAGAGUCCGAGGACCUGCUGCCCCAGAACACGCUGCAGGAGAGGGGGGGGUAGGGCUGAUCAUGAGGAGGUCCUGUCCGCAUUGGACAGCGGGUCAGACACACACCAGGAGGGACCCCCUUGUAAAUGAGAUGUGACUCUCAAGGGGUUUGUCCUGGCUGAAUGGAUGAAUUUGGAGGGGGAGACGCAGCCAGACUCCUCCCAACACCAUCUCAGUUUUACAAUCGGCUACUAAUGUGGUUUACUAGAACUGCACUCGUUUUUAAUUGUGUAUGUUUCUGAAGAUCAUUAAGUACUUUUUUCUUUUUCCUCUGGAGGUAAUUGUCAUUGACACAUUCUUAUUUUUUUUUUUAAUGUUCUAGAAAUU